CUUAUUUGACAAGUUAGCCAUAACGUUUUCUUUUUAGGAAAACCAAAACAGAUGUUCUUUUACGUAUUUCAAAAAAUGUAACAAACUCUGUUAGUAAACACAAUGUUAUUUAUUGUACUGUUAUUUGUAUGUUAUCCCUUACAUAUUUCUUCGUUUGAAAUAUGUAAUCAAAACGAGACUAUUCAAUGCCGAAAGUUAAAUAACAACCUAAGAGAUAAUUGUCAUACUGAGCUUAGUAACAAUGCAGAAAAUUGUUACCUUACAAAUUUUAUAAGGAGCGAUCAUCUAAAAAUUGAUUUUGGAGAUGUUUUUCUUCAGUUGGAACAAGAGACUCUUCAAAACUCUCUUUCUAUGAAGAUAUAUCCUACAGUGGAAUGGAAAAAUGCUCUAGUGAAGUUAUCUGAGUAUGGUAAUGAUCAGUCAUGUAAAGUUUUUAAUGUGGCCAAAGAUGACGAUUCUAUGGAUUUAUUAAAAUAUGAUUGUUACUGGAAAGGAAUACAAAGGAUUGAAAAGCCUCACUUGUUGGAGAUCGGUUCUGAAUACAACAGUCAAUAUGCUCACAAAAAGAUUUUGUUUAGUAUUCCUGAUUCUUUGUACUUUAGAAACACUGUGCCUCCUACCAAACGUCAAAUCUUUUCCUACAUAGACUUUACAAAUACCAACAGAAUUCUUUUAAAGAUCCAACCGUUGCCGGAAAUUUAUAAAGUCACCCACUACAAGGUGGAAGUCUUCAGAGAAAAAGAAAAACAUUCUCUCAUGCUGGAUGUGAGACUGUUAGCUGCCAAUCAAGACAAGUCAAUUGAUUUCGAGUAUAUUACCUACAGUGAAGAAGGCGACUACUAUUUUGCGAUUUCUGUAAUUGCAAAGAGUUGCCCAGAAGAUAUUUGUUUUAAGACUUUCACUCCCAAAGUACAUAUCGUUCGAAAAGGAAGACCUUUGGUGAUUGGUAUCGUAGGUGCUAGCUUUUUGAUUCCGUUUGCUUUAUUUUCUUUGUAUCUAUGGAAUCAUAAAUACCGUAAUCAGGGUGAAUUUCUAAACGAACCAAUUCAAAAAGUGAUAGUUCUCUUCAAGCCAUCUUUUGAAAAGCACAACGAAGUAGUCCAAGCGAUCAUCGAUUGCAUCGAAAGUUUUUCCGAACCAGAAACAAUUGUAGAUCGAAUUAAUCUAACUAAAGUGAAGGAAAAAAGCGUUGAGAAGUUUUGUAGCGAUAAUCUGAUACUAUCGACUCAUAUCGUCUAUGUGAAUCCCCCGUACACAGACGACGACUCAUCCGGCUUGGACUACAUGACCUUCAACUUCAUUAAAGAAGAAACGAAGAAGAAUUCCAGCGAUAGGAAGCUUUUGGUGGUGCGUUUACCGUAUUCUAAGAAGGAUGUCCCCUCUAUCCUAUCUAGAGCUGCACAUUUUGAUCUAGUCCAGGACUUUCCAGCUUUUAUCAACAGCUUUUCCAGUAUCGAUGUACAAACGGAUUAUUCUAAGCUUCCUACGUAUAUGAAACUAGCCAAGAAAAUAGAGGUAGCUAACAUAGAGGCUAAUAAUAUAAACGUCGUGCCUGAGAUUGUGGUGACUGAAGACAUUGACGAGCCUAAGGAACUUGAUGGACUUAUACAAACAUAGUUUCCUACAGGUACAGGUCGACAGAAAUAUUUGAAACUGCCAAGGUCAGACGGAUCGAAAACUUUGGUUACGCGACGUUGUCAGAUUAAUCGGGUGUCAAAGGUUUUUCGGUUUUUUAUUUACUUGUUUCAUAGUAAAAUUUCCUUAUGCUUCUUCCCGCGUAAAUUUUAAAACACUGUGUCUAAUCUCAAAGGACUUGGAACAAGAGAGGCAUUGUUUGCGUUUAAUGUCCUCUCUCAAAGAUGCUUAGAUAUGAACCUGGAUAUUUAUUCAUGUUUCAUCGAUUUCGAAAAAGCGUUCGACAGGGUCCGACAUAAAAAACUAAUAGAAUUAUUGAAAAACAGAGAUAUAGACAGACGAGAUUUACGAAUUAUUAUCAUCUGUAUUGGAAUCAAAAGGGCAAUAUAAAUAUAGAAGAACAAGAGUCCGACAAUAUUGAUAUAAAGAGAGGAGUAAGACAGGGUUGUUUUCUGUCGCCGCUACUGUUUAACGUGUACAGUGAAGCCAUAUUUCAAGAAGCGAUAGCGGAACUAAGUGAUGGAAUCUCUAUAAACGGAUUCUCUGAGGACUUCGUUAUAGUGGCAGACACCCUGGAAUUUCUACAAGAAUUGUUAAAUACACUGGAGUGCAAAAUUAACCGGACACCUUAAAAAUGGGUCAUUUUUGAUGUCUCGACUUACAACAUGGAAAUGAAAGGUUAAUGAUAGAGCAAACAAAAAUAGAAAAAGUAAAGAUAUACAAAUAUCUGGAAACCUGGGUUGAUGACAAAAAUGACCAAAGCAAAGAAAUUAAAGUCCGAAUUGAAACUGCAAGGUAAGCAUUUAUAAAAAUGAAGACAAUGCUUACAAACAAAAACCUUCAGUUGCCUCUCAGAUUGAGGGCUCUAAGAUGCUACAUAUUUUCUAUAUUACUAUACGGAAUGGAAGCUUGGACAUUGAAGAUACAACACAUAAGAAAAAUAGAAGCGUUAGAAAUGUGGUGUUAGAGAAGAAUAUUGAAAAUUCAGUGGGUUCAAAGGAUUACCAAUGUUGAAGUGCUACGACGUUUAAAUAAGGAGUUAGAAAUUAUGAACAGUAUAAAAACAAGAAAACUGGAAUAUUUGGGUCACAUUAACAGAGGAGAAAAAUAUGAGUUGCUGAGAAUUGUUAUGCAAGGAAGAAGAAGGAUAGGAAGAAGACGCAUCUCCUGGCUGAGGAACCUUAGAGAAUGGUUUAACUGUAGUUCAUUACAACUGUUCAGAGCAGCAGCCAACAAAGUGAGCAUAGCCAUUAUGAUAUCUAACCUUCGAUAGGAGAUGGAACUUUAAGAAGAAGAAGUGUCUAAUCUGGCGGAUUGUGCAUUGACUCACUUAGUGUCCUAUUUUUCACGACACUUGUAAUGUUCAAUUUUAUUAAAAAAUAUUAAAUGUAUUCUAAAUAAACAACUAUUCGACGAUUUUAUCUGCCAAUGUCGCAAAACCACUGAUAUCCUGAACAAUGCAUUUUAAAUGGAUGUUUACUCUUUGCAUCAACGGGUUCAAUUGAAGUCCCCUCUCCUUGAUUUGCUACCUGAGUGACCUUCGCAGUUUCAGAUAUGCCUGUACAGUUGUACUCCUUAAAGUACGAAUUCACCAGGAAAUUAGAACCUCUAUUCAAAGAUUACUACUUUCUGAGCAGCGAAUGAUUUUUUAGAGUUGCCACAUGUAUACAAAUAUUCUUGAAAGGUAAGUAUUUUCAAAAGUUUUGUGGAUUUACAGUCGAUCUUUUUAAUUUCGCUCCCAGGAGGGAUUCCAAAUAUUUGACGAGUUUAAGAGGUAUUACGUAGUUGUGUACAUUUGGACACAUUGGCAAACUUUACAUCCCUCACCUACUUACUAGAAGAAUCUAUAAACUGGUGGUAGAACUGUUCUAUAUAUUGAAAGGGUAUUGUUUGACCAAAUUUUCUUUUACUUUUCAACACUUGCAAAGUCAUUUAACUAUAAAACGACACUCGAGAUUUUCCAGUGACGGCUCGUGGCCUUAGAGACAGGGUCGGCAAGAUUUUUUUGUCUCAUAUAGGUAUACCAUCUAAUUAAAAAGCUUAAAUCAUCAUAGGAGAAUUUUUUGUUUUUUUUUUUGGUUUACAUUCUCUCUUGUGUCAUAGUGUUUCGGCAAUACGUUUUGAUUAUUUUGAGACAAUAGAAAUCCCGUUCAUUUGAGGCAGAAGUUUGUGGUAAUAAGAGCAUUUAUGAACAGUUUGUUGUAGUGAAUUGCAGUACUUACUAUAUAAAGUUAUACAUAUUUGUAACUUAUCCCACUUUCCGAAAAUCUUUGGAUCAGCAUAAUUUUUAAGUAACUUGUAAAUAAAUAUAUUGGAAUUUUUUUGGCGAAGCUAACUUUUAAAUUCUGAAUUAUCAAAGAGGUCAAAAAUUUGCAAAUCUUCAAAAUUCGAAAAACGAGUAUCUAUUUGCAUAAUAGCAAGUAUCCAAAAUUUCAAAAUAUACUCGUUUUUCGAGAUAUGUAUCAUGCCUUUGUCUUUUUUUUUGGGGUGAUUCAAAAAUAUCAAGCGAAUCCAAAAUGUCGCUGCGUAUAUAUUGGAAACUUCUAUCAUUAUGAAUAUCUCUGAGAUUUUGCACCAGUUUUCUUAUUUUAUUUUUGGAAUAAAUAAUGACAAUUGACUGAUUUUGAACAACAAUGAAUAUCAAAUGGGUUUGGGCAAACACUUUCUUAAAAAUAUUUAAAGGAUUAUUAAAAGAGUAAUCAUUUAAUAAAGUUCUCAAACCGAUUGCUUCACGGAUCGAGAUAUCACCGCUUUCAAAGUCGUCGCCUUUGAUAAUAAAAUAAAAAACUUCCAAAAAGCUGUUCACGAAAAUCUGCUAUCGUGAAAACUAACCGAGAUUUAAAAUUUCAUCGCGUCUGACAAACUGUUUGCAUUUUUUUUUUUUUUCGAAACAAAUUGUUCUAGAACAGUAGUCCGUUUAGGCGAGCUAAAAUGGCAAGAAAAGACGAUAUUCUUUAAUUUUUUUUACACGUAUCCUGCAAAACUAUAUUCAUUCUAUGCGCAUGACAGAGUAAAUAAAGCUUGUGGUGCAGUAGUUUUAACUUUUGCCUGGAGACCAUUCAAUUCACCGGACAUCACGGCAGAACCGUCGUAAAUUUGCCUUACCAAUUUAUUUUUGAUAUCCAAAAAUUUUAAUCAGUCCUUUAAAACACCAAAAAUAUAUUCUGCCUUAUUGCCUUUACUGACGUCUGUAAAACCUAAAAACCUCCUAUAAAUAUUACUACGUAACGCUUAUCGAACAACAAUAAUUGAUAGUUGUGAAUGACAUGAUAAUCAGAAGUUUCAUCUACUUCUAGCGAAAAUCAAAUGGUUUUCAGAAUCUCAGAUUCAAUAACGUUAUUCAAAAUGUAACUAAUUGAUUAUAUUAGUUCAUUCUGUACUGUUUUAGACACGCCGCUAAAUAUCUUUGAAUCAGAAAAAAAAUUGGAAAAUUUCAAAUCGUAUUUCAAACAAUUUUAUUAGUUAUCUAUAAUUACUUUGAUUUAACGAAUGCUCCGAUUCAUCAUGUCCCGUAAAUGAUAAUUCCUGACAACUUAAAUAAAUUACAAUAUCAAUUAAAUGACGUAACCGUGAUUAUUUUUUACAAUUUCUGCCGAUGCUUCCAAAUGAAACAUCGGCAGAUUUAAAUGUGCCGUACCUGCCGCUUAAUGCCUACGGAGAGAAAUAUACGUUUGGUUGCUCUUCGACUUGUAUUUCUUUGAGUUUUACGUGUAAAUCGUCAAGCUCGAGAUGAGCUGGGGUCGGCUUGCCGAAAACAGUCAGAUAAAUGGCUCGGAUCAUUCAUUUUUUGAAAAGUCUCUUAUGCGCAGGGAUCACUUAACGCUCGGAUUGGGUGAAUCCUUUUAAAAACCCUGAAUCCUGUCUGUAUUAUCUGACAGAUUUUUUUUAUUUCACAGAUACAAAUGACAUCAACUCUGAUUAAAUUAAAUAUUAAAAAAAAUCUAUGUCUAAAAAUGUGUGGGUCGGCACUGCCGACUCUGACCGGCCGCCACUGCGAGAUUCCAAUUUCAUUGUUGGGGCUUCGUCUAGCUCUUUGGCAGGUACGAAUAAGAAAUUAUAUUAAAUAGUUGCAAUAAUCAUCUCAGUGUAGAACUAAGCCAAAGAAUGGUCAAGUGCUAUGUUUGGUCGUUACUGUUGUAUGGUGCAGAAGUGUAAACUCAUCACAUACCUGGCGGUUGCGAAGUCCUGAACACGUUUAAAUUUUAAUUAUUUCCCUGGGUGGAUUAGUUGUAACUUUGUUGAAACAUAUUUGAAAAAAAAAAUUUAAAAUCGACUGUAAAACUACCAUAAAACUACUAAUUUUAGGUUGUUUCUAAUGUGUUCUUUUAACUCGAAUAUUUUUGUAUGUUUGAUUCAGUAAAAGGUUCCUGUAUUAAAUAAUAUGAUUAAGUUAGUUUAAGGACGUUGAACUUGGGAAUUUUUGGUUGUCUAUAUUAGAAUGCAGAUAAGAAGUCAUCAGGCUAACGUGCUACCAGAACCAGUUUCGUUUUACUGGUAGGAUGCUCUCUAUGAAGCCUGGAGAACUUAGUAACAUCUUACUUACUUCACAUUGGCUUAUAAUAUACAGGGUGUUUGGUAGCUCGAUAAAAUUUUUUUAAGGGAUAAUAGGGACGCCAUUUGCAACAUUUUUUGCUAAUAAUGUAUCGCUCAAACUGUUAAGGUUUCCGAAAUAAAGUUAAAUUUGUCAAUAUUCGAAAAUAAGGCUGCUCGUCAUAUUUUAUUUUUAAAAAUAAUUGAGGCGCUCAGAGCAACAGUGGCCUAACCCACAUCACACAAUUUUACCAAAACGCUUUUAUUACAUUAAAGUUAUGCAUUACUUAAGUAUUUUCAGAUGCAGAGUGGCUCAAGCAACCAUUGGUUGAGCUACUCUGCAUCUGAAAAUAUUUAAAUAAGGGAUAAGUUUAAUGUAAUUAAAGCGUUUUGGUAAAAUUGUAGGAUGUGGGUUAGGCCACUGUUGCUCUGAGCGCCUCAAUUAUCUUAGCGAGAUACUUCCCUGACAUACAAAAUGCCUUACGUAUUACUUGCUCAGAUUGCAAAAACACUUCGUUGUUAAUGCAACUCCAAACACAAUUCGGAUGUCAAAACAGUAAAACGCACCUUUCAUACGCAUACAAUAACCAUGUUUAUAAACCAAAAUAAACCACUUCAUAGCAGGUAGAUUGUUUGUUAGCAUAGCAGGUAUAUUGUUUUUUGUUUGUUAUGCGUUCGGAGAAUGACGAUAGCCGAUGGAAAUUGUAUGCAAAGAGUCGGUGUUGUAGGUUUACAUUUUUAUUUCAUUCGUAAAACAGGGAGGUAGUACGCCUAGAUAAUUUUUAAACGUGAAAUAGACGGUUGUCGAAUAUUGACAAAUUUAACUUUAUUUCGGAAACUUUAACAGUUUGAGCGAUACAUUAUUAGCAAAAAAUUUUGCAAAUGGCGUCCCCUAUUAUCGCUUAACCCGGGAGUAGUCGCGCUCACUUCUGUAACGUCGAUAGUCGCGUGUGAGAUUCUAUCUCAAAAUACGAAUUUAAAACAAAUUUUUAUUCUGUACUAUUUUUAUCUACUUUUUAUAUUGAAAAUAUAUAUUUCUAAUAAUUUUAUUAAAAAACCUGUGUUAACGGCCACCUGCCAACAUCGGCCACCUGUCCUAACGGCCAGUUUAAAAAUUUCCCAAACCAAUAAUAUGUAGACUACAAAAACUGGCAAUAGCGGCCACCUUUCUAUAUCGGCCAAUAGUUCUUUCAUUUUUAGUGGCCGUUACUGACAGGUUUUACUGUAUUACGAAAAAGGAUGAAAUGUGAGAUUCUAUGUAACGGCGCGACUACUCGUGGGUUAAAGCUAAUUGGCUCUCCCCAAAGCCAUAAAUUCCACAAAAAGAAGAAGAAAAAAAUAUCCCUACGCAUUACUACACCCUUCCUCUGGGCAUUUACGAAAUUUUAUUAAAAUUGCAAAAAUUUUCAUCAAGUUAUCGCGAAAAAGGAUAAAAAUUGAGAUUCUAUCUCACCGCGCGACUACUCGCGGGUUAAAAAAGUUCCAUCGACCUACCAAACACCCUGUAUUUCAACUGUUGAGUGAAAUCAUAUAACUCUACAUACACUGCUUCAAGAAAUUUACGCACCAUAUUAAAAUUGGGACAUUUUGGAUGUCUCGAAUUUUCUAAACCUAUAGUCCGAUUUGAGAGAUUUUUUAAAUAUUAUUCUUUAAGAAUAUCGCUGUAAUAAUGCUAUUUCUAGACAGUUAAAUGUAAUGGUAUGCCGGGUGUAACAAUCAUACUGUGUUUUUUUCUCAAAGUUAGAAACACCCUGUGGAAUUUCUAGCAUUUCUAAAAUAUUGAAAUUAAAACUCAAUUGUAGCCUUAGGCUUUCUUAACAUUUUAUUUUUUGAUCCAUUCGCUUAUGUUCGAUAAUAAAAGAGAUACAUACUUUUAUAUUACAAAUUAGGUAUGGUACUUUUGGUCUUGAUCAAUAUAAAUCCAAAUCUCUAGAGCUACUGUUUCUAUCUCUUAUGAUGUUCUAGGAGGCGGCAAGCGCUGUCGUAGUCUUCAGCGAAUUACAUCCCACACAUUUUCGAUUGGGUUAAGAUCUGGACUAUGUGGUGGCCAAUUCAAAGUCCGAAGAUUUACCUGUUGUAAAUAUUCGGUUACAGUUCGUGCAGCUUGACGUCUUGGAUUAUUGUGCAUUAGCAAAAAAUUGUUACCAAAAUAAGGAGUCGAUAGCAUGGUAGUUAAGUACUUCGCUACAGUUGAGUCCGUGAGUCUUUACCCGUGCGUCAUCAUUUAAAGCAUACGAAAUAAGUCGGAAAUCUAUUUCACGCAACAACAACUGACAGAAAGUGGCUACUGUUCCGAUUACGGGUUUUAUUAUAAAAUUUGACGUUAUCAAAUGUAUAGAAUGUCAAAUGUAAGUUUUGCUUCAAAAUUUUUGUGCAGAAUUACAGCUACAUUUGAAGUAGCUUAAUAAAUUCUUUUAUUAUUAUGGAUUAAUUAAUAUAUAAACAAUUUAUAAAAAAAUUCAAUAACAUAUUUUAUUUUUGUUAUUUUAUUCACUUUGACGGAAAUCUAAACACAAUCAUUUCUUUACUGUGUGAAUGACGUUAGCUUUGUAUGUUUUAAAUAUUAAUUGCCAAAAUAUUAUUAUUUACCUUAAAAUUUUAAAGCCCAAUAUAGAAUUAGUUGUGAAAACAACUGUUUGUGUAAUAUAAGGAAACUUCAAAACGCAAAAAUUCGACAAAACCCGCAAAAAAUUCAACUGACUGACAGCCACAAAAGUAAACAAAGCAGAAACGUCACAGAAAUUGUGCUUAAAAUAUGAAAACAUACCGAAUCGUCUUUUUUUGUACCUAUCUCUUUUCAAUGCACUGAGUCUAGAUGGUUCAUAAAAAUAACAUGUGUUGUUACUUAAUAACGAACGGCAGCUGGUUUGUCAUGAGUUUCAUGCGUGGAAGAGAAUGAUGCUAGAUAAAAAGUAUGUGUUUUAUCUCGCCAGGUAUUAAUGACGCACGGGUAAAGACUCGCGGACUCAACUGUAUGUAAGGUCAUUGCUUAAACACACUCAUCGCUGGUCAAAUUCUUUGAAGCGCGUUGCAUUUCCACCAAACAACAAAAAAAAUUACCGGCUUAAUUGAAACUUUAAAUCAUGAAUCUAUUAAUUUUCACAACAAACCAAGAACUUUUUGACUGUUAACAAUUUGACAUUUAUCAAAUUGUUAAUUUCUCAUAGCCUACUUUAGUCUUGUUUAUUAAACUAAGCCGAAAAUGAGGAUAAUAUUGAUGAAAAACAUGGCUAGUUGUUAAAGUACCUAAUUUUUUUAUUAUCCAAAAUAAGCCAGUGAAUUAAAAAACAGAAUGUUUAAAAAACCUGAGGCUAUAGUUGGGUUUUAAUUUCAAUAUUUUAUAAAUGCUAGAAUAUUCCACAGAGUGUUGCGAAUUUUAAGAAAAAAGCACAGUUUUAUUGGUACACCCGGUAUAUAAUGACAAUUUACCUGUCUUAUCCAUAAUAAUAUGGCUAUAACAUAAUUGAAAAAAUCACUUAAAUCGGACAACAUAAAAAAUGACCCAUUUUAAGAUGGUGCAUUAAUUUCUUGGAGAAGUGUAGUCCACGAUUCCUUAAUAACUUAUUGUUAUUACCUAAUAAAUGUAUUAACAACGUUCCUACAAAAAUAUGUACAGGUAUUCUAAUUAUUUCGCCAUAUUAUUCUCGAAGUUCACUGCAUUUUACGUUUUGAUACUAUUUGUGAAGGGACAGUUUUAUACUUGUGUGGGAACAAUUAUAGGCUUAUUUUUAAGACUGACCGUAUUUCAUAAGUUUUGUUGAAUAUCUAUGUAAUAUCAUUGUUAUGUAAGUGCUUUAUAACUAUUAGUGUAAUGAAUGUUUAAGGUUUUAGAAUUGUAGCUGUUAGUAUUAUGUACUUUUUUAGUUUUUCCAUAAAGAAAUCUAUACAUA